AUGACAACCCUGCAACAGACCAGAGCUGCAAUUGAAGGCGUUGGCGGCACUUUGAGACCAAACGGAACUGGGUACCAAGUCUUAGAGCAGGUACAGCAUCCUCAAGCUCUGCAACUAUCAAGUUUAAAUGAUGAACGGGCUCAUGCACAGAUUUUUCAAGCGUUGCAAGGACGGGUGGAGGGUGUGAAUCAGGAGAACUGCGAAGCUGGGGACGAGAACUCUUUUUUCGUUUGUGAUCUGGGCGAAGUCCAUAGAUUGUACGCCCAUUGGCGUAGUAAGCUGCCUCGGGUCCAGCCCUUCUAUGCGGUCAAAUCCAAUCCAAACAGACUAGUGCUGGAGACUUUGGCGAAACUGAACGUGAACUUCGACUGUGCGUCGAAAUCAGAGAUUGAAAUGGUACUUUCCCUUGGCGUCGAUCCAUCGCGCAUCAUUUAUGCCAAUCCGUGCAAGGCGUCGUCUUUUAUUCGGUUUGCAAAAAAUCAGUGUGUCACCAAGUCCACGUUUGAUAAUGUAGAAGAGCUUGCUAAGAUCAAAAAAUACCAUCCACAUUCGGAGCUGCUUCUCCGGAUUGCAACAGAUGAUUCCACGGCGAAAUGCAGACUAUCAACCAAGUAUGGCUGUGAUAUGCAAAACGUGGACUCUCUGCUAUCAAAGGUCAAAGAGCUGGGGCUAAACAUGGUCGGUGUCUCGUUCCACAUCGGAUCGGGCGCCUCUGACUUUAGCACUUUCUACAAGGCCGUCAGGGACUCCCGCGAGGUAUUCAACCGUGCCAGCAGUAGGUUCGGAUUGCCAAACGUGAAGAUCCUCGACAUUGGCGGCGGAUUUCAUUUGGAGACGUUUGACGAGUCAAGUGCGUCCUUGAAUGUAGCCCUAAAAGAGUUCUUUCCCGAGUCUUCGGAUGUGACGAUCAUUGCAGAGCCUGGCCGUUUUUUCGCCGCGUCACCCUUCACGCUGGCGUGCCAUGUUAUUGCCAAGCGCACACACACCGACCGCGAGGCCAUGCUCUACAUAAACGAUGGUGUCUACGGCAACAUGAACUGUAUCUUGUUCGACCACCAAGAGCCCACACCACGUGUACUUUGCCAUAACUCCAACUACCACUAUCACGACGCCGGAUCCACGUCCGCUACCGAAACCGUAAGAUGUCCUAACAAGGUGUCCAUCUGGGGUCCUACAUGCGACGGUCUCGACUGCGUGACUAAAGAAUACUACAUGAAAUACGAGCUUUCUGUAGGUGACUGGCUAUACUUUCCCGUUCUCGGAGCAUAUACUUCAUCCGCUGCGACCCAGUUCAAUGGCUUUGAACAGUCUGUGGACGUGAUCUAUAUCAAUUCCAAUGCUCUGUGA